CUACAGACGCUCUGACACUCACUCAUUUAGGAUUUAAAAAAAAAAAAAAAAAGAGAGAGAGAUUGCUUUGGAUUGGAAGAGAAAGCACAACCAAUGGGUUUUUCUUCUGCUUUUUUUUUCAUCUUCAUAAUAGUAUGCGUUGUCAGAUGUGGGCCAAGUAAAUAGGGGUGGGCUGUGGUAAGAGGAACAGGAAGAGAGAAGACGAGAGAAAGAGAAAAGGUAGAGAGGCAGACAGAGGGGAGGGAGCUCGUCACGUCGGCAUGUUCAAGUAUUCAUAGCACAGUUUUUUUUCCACAAAGAUACUGACCGGACAAAUGUUGAGUCAGAUAUGUUGAGUUUAGUGGCGUGACUUCAAGACACAAUGCUUUAGCGACACCUCAGAAGAUAAAGGGUUUUGACAGAUUAUUAAUGGACAGCUCAGAAAUCAGUGUUGAAAUGGGUGAGAAGGGGCCGCUGGAGCCCCUGGUCAUCACCGAGGAGGGGGAUACAACACAGGGCGUCGCUGAGACAGAGGCUGCCAUCGUAUCAGCCGUCACCGCAGAGUCGACUCUAGAAAAGGAAGAGGAUGACAGACAAGAAAACGAGAAGGGGGAAAACACAGCCGGAGCGAUGUGCAACGAGAAAGAACGUUUGCAAAACAGCACAGAGGAAGAGCAGACAGAUGAAGAUGUAGCAGGCAAGGAGGACAACACUGAAAGGGAUAAACUGGAGGAGAAAGAGAAGGAGAAGGAGAAUGAUGGACAAGAAAGUGGUGAGAGUGAAGAGCAAGAACACAAGGAGAUGGAGGUCCAAGAAAAACAAGUGGAUGUAGAGGAAUUGAACUGUUCCCAUGAGGAGACCCAGAGCCAAGAGGAUGAUCCAAAAAAGGCUCAUCGAUUAACCCCCGACUUCCCAGAGUCUUUGUACGAGCUCCUGUGCACCUUACAGGAGGGCAGACGACUCAAUGACCAGCGCUGUUCCUUCAGGCUGGAAGAGGGCAUCAGGAGGAGGAGGUGCCAUUCGGAACCCAACACCACCAAACCUGCCAACAGAGUCGUCUUUUCCUCCAUGACUUCACUGCAGAAAGAGGAGUUUUUCGAUUUGGUGGCCACUGCUCAAGCCCGCCGGCUGGAUGACCAGAGGGCACUGCUCGGACGCUCACCACCACCAAAACCAAGGUUCAGAAGUUUCAGAGGAAGCAUAAAACAACUGUCUUUUGUGAGGAAGCCAGAACCAGAGCCAGAGCCAGCCCCAGUGCCCAAAGAAGAUCUGUAUAAUAUGAUUCUCACCACACAAGCUCAGGGUCGAUUGGAGGACCAGCGCAGUCGGGCCCCGGGCCCCAUGGACGACGAGGACUUCUUCUCCCUCCUCCUGAGGGUCCAGGGGGGGCGCAUGGAGGAGCAGAGGACUGAACUACCACGCCUGCUGCAAACCUGAGACGGACAAAGCAAAACACACUGGGGUCACUGUGAGCCCUCAGUGAUGUUUGUCUUGUCUCAGCUGCCCGUUUUUUGAGCCUGUUCAUGUUGUUUGUGGAGAGUUUCCAUCCUUCUGAUGGUGUCGGUCAGUGAUAAAGCUGUUGAGACUGUGGCAGAACGCUAAUGUUUGACACACAGAUCUUUUAACUUAACUAGAUCCUGGUGAAAAUGUGGACUUUACUGCUUCUUUGGUAAUUUUUUUUGUUUCAAAACAGGACUGUGGCUGAAAGAGGCUGUGCUUUGUUAUCUUGCAAAAUUUGCAUUUUACUGAAUGUUACUGAAUGACUGAGUGGGUUUUGUGUGUUCUUAUCCUGCUUGUGUGGGAAGCACUCAACUGAUUUCUGUUAUUUUUCUUAUUUGUAGAUAUUAAAGACAGGAGGAGGGCGAUGAGGAGAUAAUAGCUUCGAGGUUGUACAGUGGUUUACUGUAUGAUAAUAGACCUUUAGAAAAUAAAUACAAGUUGUUCCUCAGA